AUGAAGAAGGUAUCUGCUGGAGGCAGAGGACUAGCUUCAGCUGUCUAUCGACUUGACUGUGUUACACCAGAUUUCAUUAACGUUGCGUCAAAACCUCUUCAACGAGUUGUCUUUAGAGAUGUGAUUCACCUUGCAGUAAAAAUGGAGGAGCAAUACACUUCAGAUAUUGAAAGGAAGGAACUUCUACAGAAAAGACAUUAUUUUUUCCUGAAUGAAUUACAGCAAAUGGCUAGAGAAUUGCCUGGGAAAUACCAGCAGCGUGUUCCCUAUGACCUCUUGUCAGGUCUUGCUCAUGCCUUACUGGAUGGAACUGUCUUUGAAAUUGUCAGAAGCUUGUCAGAAGUGCAGCAUUUAGAGGAAAAGAACCUAUUUAACCAACGUGUAAAGCAGAUGAAUGACCAUAAAGCCCAGAAACAUGAAAUGUUAAAGAAGCACAAAGAAAUGAUUCAAGCUUGUGAGACCAAACCACAUAAUUUGCCUUUGGUAACAACACAAGUUGAACGAGAAAGAGAGAUAAUGAACAAGAGAAUUGAAGAUGAGGUAAAGAAGAGAGACAUGAAAACUAUCAUGGAAUUAGACCAAAAGAGCCUCAGACUCAACACUGAAGCCUACAUCAAGUACCUUGAGAAGGACUCUAAAAGAACUCUCUCUCUCUCUCUCUCUCUCUCUCUCUCUCAUAUUCUGAAAUGUGGUGUCAACAUGAGCCUUGUCCCUACUUGGGACAAUUUUCUUUUCUUUGAGUGGCCAAUAUAA